GAGACAAUGGAGAGGCCUUCCUUGGAAUUUAACCUGCCUGAUACUCAUGAAGAAGGAAAACUUUAUGUAGUUGAUUCCCUAAACAACCUAAACAAGUUAAAUGUUUGUCCAGCUGAGUCCCAGCAUUCACUAGACCAGGAAGACAACACUGGUGGUGCUGGAGAAAGUAUGGCAGGGAGCAACACAGGAAACCAGCGUUUGUUCUUCGUCACCUUUGUUCUUACUCUGACCGUCAGUUUGGCGCUUGUUUCAUUUGUAAUAUUCUUAAUAUUUCAAACUAGAAAUGAGGUGGACCAAAUAUCAAGCAGACUACUAUCUGAAAAGAAGAAUAUAGAAGAGCUGAAGAAACUUAACAAUAUGAUAUUAAAGCAUCUGAAUCAAUCCAGAAUUAAGGAAAAGCCUUCUGAUCUUCAUGCUUACUUUUUCACCCAUGCUGAACUCAAAGUCCCUGGAGAAUGA